UCUCUUUGCUUCCCCCACAGAGCCAGCUUUCCCAGGCCCUGAAUGGUUUGUCAGACAGAGCCAAGGAGGCAAAGGAAUUCCUGGUCCAGCUCCGCAACAUGGUGCAGCAAAUCCAGGAGAACAGUGUGGAGUUCGAGGCCUGCCUGGUGGCCCAGUGUGACGCCCUCAUCGACGCCCUCAACAGAAGGAAAGCCCAGCUGCUGUCCCGGGUCAACAAGGAGCAUGAACACAAGCUGAAGGUGGUGCGGGACCAGAUCUCGCACUGCACGGUGAAGCUGCGCCAGACCACGGGGCUGAUGGAAUAUUGCCUGGAGGUCAUCAAGGAGAACGACCCCAGCGGCUUCCUGCAGAUCUCAGAUGCUCUCAUCAGGAGGGUGCACCUGACCGAGGAGCAGUGGGGCAAGGGGACGCUCACCCCACGCAUGACCACGGACUUCGACCUGAACCUCGACAACGCCCCUCUGCUGCAGUCCAUCCACCAGCUCGACUUCGUCCAGAUGAAAGUGCCGGCCCCGCCGAUCCUGCAGCUGGAGGAGUGCUGCACCCACAACAACAGUGCCACUCUGUCCUGGAAGCAGCCCCCUCUGUCCACGGUGCAGGUGGAAGGAUACAUCCUGGAGCUGGACGAUGGCAACGGCGGCCAGUUCAGGGAGGUGUAUGUGGGCAAGGAGACCAUGUGCACGGUGGAUGGGCUGCACUUCAACAGCACCUACAGCGCCCGCGUCAAGGCCUUCAACAAGUCAGGAGUCAGCCCCUACAGCAAGACCCUGGUGCUCCAGACUUCCGAGGACACGCAGUCAGAAGAACAGACCCUCCCUUUUCCAGUGCCUUUGGAAAGAUCGCAGCUUCGUAGAAUGAGUCCUUUCUCCUCCACCCUUAAUCUACAACCCAGCUUCUCGGGGAGAUCCUACUUUGAGCUAAGAUCUUCGGCCCACCAGCUGAGCUUGCAUUCUUCCUUACAGUCCCUGAAUUCAGCCGGAUGCAAUUUUGACACGCAAGGAUCGCCUUACUCCCAAUUAGUUGACAUUAAAAAAAUGGUGGCAGUCGCUUGGUUCUCUUUCGACCCCGCCUCUGCCCAUGCCGACAUCAUCUUUUCCAACGACAACCUGACUGUCACCUGCAACAGCUACGAUGACAGGGUGGUGCUGGGGAAAACGGGCUUUUCCAAAGGGCUGCACUACUGGGAGCUGUCCAUCGAUCGCUACGACAACCACCCCGACCCGGCCUUCGGCGUGGCUCGCAUCGACGUCCUCAAGGAUGCCAUGCUGGGCAAGGACGACAAGGCCUGGGCCAUGUACGUGGACAACAACCGCAGCUGGUUCAUGCACAACAACUCCCACACCAACAGAACCGAGGGCGGGAUCACGAAAGGCGCCACAGUGGGAGUGCUGCUGGAUUUGACCAGGAGGACUCUGACCUUCUCCAUCAACGAGGACCAGCAAGGACCUGUGGCCUUUGAGAACCUGGAGGGCCUCUUCUUCCCCGCCGUCAGCCUCAACAGGAACGUGCAGGUGACGCUGCACACCGGGCUGCCGGUGCCCGAGUUCUACGCUUCGCGCUCGGCCAUGCCCUGAGGAUGCUCCCGGAGCCGGCUGCCUCUUCUCGGUGUGAUGAGAGGAGCCAGCCCGUUCCCUCCUGCAGGACGAGGUGUCCCUGCCCAGCUGCCAGGUCCCUGCUCGGCCACCAGGUCCCUGCUCGGCCUCUGGCCGGAGACGGGGACGCAAUUCGGGAAGGAAGAUCCUGGCUUUCGGCCGCCUCCGCUCUCCGGUCUCCGCGCUGUCCCGUGUGUGUGCGCUUCGCUCUUUAGCUCUCUUUGGCUGAUGAAGUACCUAGGUAGCCUGAGCUGUUCUCCUGUGUCCGCUUUUAGGUUUGGUUUUCCUGAUUUGAGUUGGGGUUUUUUGGGGGGGAGGGGGCAGUUCCGUCUCGCUUUCCCCUCCCGUGGGGCCAGCCGGAGGGACCCCACCACGGGAACGCUUCUGCCCACGCCAGCCCGGUUACUUUGCAGGAUUCUUUCUUUCCCCUGUGGCCUUUCUUGCAGAGCACCCUCGGUCACGUGUAGAGGUGGGUCCUGGAUUACCAGUCAGUCUCCAUGUCCUUACCAAAACACCCCUCUCUGUCCCGCCUGCCCCUGGGGCAUCUCUGCGGGGCAGGGGGUGGUCUGUCCUGUCCCCAGGUGCCCCGGGUGCUGGCAGGCCCUUGGUCGGGUGCCCAGUGCCCACGGGGGGCUCUCCUGGGACCCCCCCACGCCUCGGUGCCAGCACACGCGCCACAGCCAUAGACCGCAGAGCCUCGCCCGGCUCUUCGGAGAUUAGCGUUUAUUUUUUUAUAGUUGCCAUAUAAAGCCUAGCCUUAAAUUCAACUGAUAGUGUCCUUCCAAUCACCGGAGAAUUGGUUCUGCAGUGAGGGUCUGACACAGAGCCCGGGGGUGGGGAUGGGAUGGGGAGGAAGGAGAGCUGGACCACAGCCCCGCCACGCACUCAGGAAUACGCGCCCGGCGCUUCCCGCCGGCCUCCAUCCCCUGCUUGACUUUCUGGUAAUUCAGAGGCGGGAGAGGAACGGUGCCAGCCCCGUGGCCGAGCCGAGAGCGCCUGCACGCUCGUGUCCCCGCGGAGCCGGGCCGGGCACUCCUUCCCCGCUCCGCUUGGGACACGACGGGAGCGCCGGCCCAGCAGAAAAACAAGUGUAAAUAACCCAUUCCCUCCCGGCGUGCCCUCCUCCAGGACAGUCCCGUUCAUUCCCUCGUUGCUCUAGCGUUAAGUUUUCCUAAUUUAUUGGAUGGGUGCUAUCUCUCGUUGACUCCCACCAAGGAGUCGCUCCCAGCUGCCGGAGAGCCGCGUUGCGGGACAACGCCGGGCGGCUCCUUGGUGUUCCUGAGGAGCCCCCGUGGCCGGCUCACCCGGGGCUCCUCUCUCAGCCGUCAUCCCCCGUUCUUUAGGGUGUUCAUGGUGCUUCUUAGAGUCCUAGUGAUUGUAAGACGUCGUUCCCCUCCCCGUGUUGCGCGAUGGUAGCUGCACACAGCCGCUGUACUGACCACGAGUGUCACGUUUGCCGUUCUAAUAAAGGACUUUUACGAGAGAAGGGCA